AUGGAAUCCGUCACGGAGAAGUUCACCAUGACAAAUAAAUACCUCCGCAGCUGCAAGGUGCAGCAUCCGUAUGCCACCAGAACGGUGACAACAAGGAGCCAGUGCAGGUCGACACAGGGAUUCUUUGAAAGGUUACCCGCAGAAGUCCUGGACAUGAUACUGCAGUGGCUGUCUGUGAUGGAGAUCAGCGUGUUCAGCAUGGUGUCUAAGGCCAUCAACAACUACAUCAUGAGCUAUGUGUCCACACAAGCCUGGAGGAACAGGAUGAUAGUGCCGAAGUUCCACCAAUCCACCUCUCCCACACAGGAGGACUGUAUUCUGGACCACUACCGGUCCCUCGGAGUUUUGUUCAAGAGAUGUACUCUUUUGCUGCCAACCAAGGACAGGCUAAAGUUUAUAUAUAGCAAGUUUUCACAGGUUCCCUGUUUCACAAUGGAGCGCUGCACAUCUUCCCCAGGGUGUCUAGGCUUUGCCAGUUAUGGAGUAUUUUUGCAGACAUUGAUAGCUGGUUGGGAUGAGCUGGAGUGCCAUCGGGUUUUCAACUUUUUGUGUGAGAUCACAAACCUGCCCCGAAAGAUUGAGACCGUUAUUACUGGAAAACCUGGAGCCUCCCACAAGUUGGAGCUGCAGAUCCGGCUCUUCUGCAGAAAUGUGCUGCUGGACCCCUGGCAAAACCGGCGCGACACGCUCUUCUGGCUCACACGCAUCCUCAAGCUCUGGCCCAUGGUCAGCCAGGCCCGGCUGCUCUUCAUCCUCUACGGCCCACUCCUACCAGAUGGUAAGAUUGGCUGGCAUGAGGUGCUUGAUGGUGUGGUUGCACAGUGUGGGCUGUGGGACCUGGCAAAGGCAGUCAUUCUGCUUUACACUGACUUGGAGGCCAAGAACUGGACAGCUGACACCCUCCUUGGGAUCAUAGAGGAGAUAACAGUGCUGCCGGAGGCCUGGCACAUGGAGAACAUGGCUCGUCUGCUUGUUCUGUGCGGAAACAGCAUCUGCUACAGUGUGCUGGCCAGCAAGGCGGUCAACAGACGGUUCCUUGAAAUCUCACGGCUCCUAGUGUUUCUCAUUCUGGUGUGUGAGAAGGAUGGGUUCUGCAUGUCCUGGCCAGUUAAAAUGAUACAGCAGAUCUGCAAAGUCUUUCCCACGGCCCAAGAUAGGUGGUCCUUCAUCCAGAGCGUGGAGAACAUGUUCUCGGAGGUCGCCAUGGAGAUGUACGAGGUUGUCAUGGCAGGCAAUCGGAAUGAGGACAUGGACACGUUCCAGAGCCUUUGCAGCCUGCUGAACGCCAGCGCACACUUCCACACAGAGAUGGUCUACAUGUUCCUCAAAAAUGACUGAGAGGACUCUCAGGCCCAAAAGGG